AGUGCUAUGUCAUCGAUGCCAUGUUUGAGCUACCUUGUAAAAUUGUUAAUGUGCCGCAAUUAAACGACGAACAGCGCUCUUCCUCUCUCUAACGCCCAUUGGCUCGUUUUAUCAAAGGCAAACCAUGGCCAAACAGCAAAUCUAAUUGAUAAGCAGUGCGUCCAUAACGAUGGCGCUGAUAAGUUGGCGACACUGAGUUAAUUCAACUAAUAACUGCCACUGCCGCCAAAAAAAAAAAGACAAGCGACAACCAGCUGUUUAAAAAAGUGUACAAAACGCAUAAAGCUCAUCAUGGAGCUGAUGCAGCGCGUUUUUUUCACGGCGCUGAGCGCUUUAACUGUUUGCUAUGCGCUCAUUAAGUUUAGCUUAGGCUAUUGGAAGCGUCGUGGCAUUUUGCACGAGAAACCUAAAUUUCUUUGGGGCAACAUCAAAGGCGUUGUGAGUGGCAAACGACACAUAAGCGAGGCGCUACAUACCAUCUACGAGAGCUACAAGGGACGAGCGCCAUUUGUUGGGUGCUAUGCAUUGCUCAAACCCUACAUACUAGUGCUGGACUUGAAGCUGGCGCAACAAAUACUUGUUAGUCAUGCGGGUCACUUCACCAGCCGUGGACUUUAUAACAACGUUGAUCUAGAGCCGCUCUCUGGCAAUCUGCUGCAGUUGGAUGGUCACAAGUGGCGCUCACUGCACGCUCAGAGCAGCCAAGUCUUUACGAACAGCAAUAUACAAAAGCUGCUGCCCAGAUUGCUGCAGCUUUCACGUCAGCUUCAGUUUCGUUUGGGAGAGCAGAAGCUACAAGGUUUAAACAUCAGCAAAUUAGUGAAUGGUUAUAAUACAGAUGUCAUAGCUGCCUUGGCUUAUGGCCUGCUAGGCGAGGAGCCACAAUUUAAUCAACUGACGCAUUGCUACUGGCAAAACUUUAGCCUGUGGCGCAACUACUUGGCUCUGGAAUUUCCAUUGCUAGCACGCUUGUUUCAACAUAGAAGCUAUGAGCCCUCGGUCAUGGACUAUUUCCAUAAGCUCGCUUUGACACAGUUGGAUCAACAGCGACGAAGAGAUCGACAGCCCUUGCAGACGUUCCUACAAUUAUAUACGCAGGCGGAGCUGCGCGAGACACAGAUUGCAGCACAAGCUUUUAGCUUUAUACUGGCGGGAUUAUCACCAUUGAAUGCUACAUUGAGUUUUUGUUUAUACGAGCUGGCCUUGCAGCCGGAGCUGCAGGAACGUCUUAGGACAGAAAUAAAUAAAGUAUUGGGGCAACACAAAGGAGAACUAACGGCGGAGUGCUUACAAGAUUUAAUCUACGCAAAGCAAACACUAAAAGAGACUUUGCGUCUGCACACACCGUAUGCUUUCCUUAUACGUCGCACCACCAAGGAUUUCGAGGUGGCCAAGUCAGUGUUUAUGUUAGCACGUGGCAAUAACAUUGUCAUACCAGUUGCAGCCAUUCAUCGAGAUCCAUCCAUCUAUGCGGACCCCUUACGCUUCGAUCCGGACCGAUUUAACCCGUCAGCUGAGCUCAACAGAUCUGCUAUGUCUUUUCUACCCUUUGGCGCUGGUCUUCGCGGCUGCAUUGCUCAACAAUUUGCAGAGAAACAGUUGCUGAUUGGCCUUGUCAAUCUAUUGCAGCAUCAUAAGUAUGCGCCCUGUGCGGAAACACAAAUACCGUUACAGUAUGACACUCGCAAAUUGUUGCUAGUACCAAAAGUUGAUAUUCAGUUAAGCGUUGAACGCGUUUCGUGUUAAAGUUGUUGCACCGCUAAGCAAUUGGAAAGCUACAUACAUAUAUAUAACUGCUUAUUGUUUCUUUGGAAAUCAUUUAUGUACAAAUCUUUUUUGUUUUCAUAUUUACUUUUGCACCCAAAAUUGUUUAUUUUUUCUAAGCAGGGAGAUUGUGUGAUAACGCUGACGGAUACCUUAAAUUUAUAGUUGUAAGUUUGUGUGAACAAAGUGAAGAACAAAUAAAUACCAUAAUUGUUGAAAAUUAAAAA